UCUACUACAAUACUAGUAUCCGCUGAUCAGACAUAAUUCCAAUCGACAGCGCACCGAACUCCAAGCACGGACCAUGCUGGUCCUUCCCCGCUUGCCGCACAUGCAUUCAUUCUCGUUUCACUACAAUUUUUCGCGGAAUCAAGCUCUCCUUCCAAUUGGGUUCUUUGUUCUCUGGGUCUCAUCAGAAAUUCUGGUUGACCACAAGUCUGGAACUCCUGUGGAUGUCCACAUUCAGCUCGCCUUCACUGAAGCUAUAAAAUUGUUCAUUGCAUUGGGUUUAUACUCCGUGAGACGAAGAUACUUCCGCCCCGAUUGGUCCCCUUCAUUUGAUGCUUCCAGACAUAACAACGAAGAUCAACCGUUGAACAAUAUAAAUCUCUCACUCGAGGACAGUCAUGAGUCUUUUAUCUCCAGGAACAUUCGACUUAGCGAGCUUGCGCAAAUAUAUCCUCGGUUAAGGCCUACCUGGUCGAGUCUUAGCGCGCGAUCGAGUCUCUCUAUUCUUGUUAUUUCCGCGCUGUACUCGCUACGGGCCUAUGCGAUUUCUAAAAGCAGAGAACACAUUGAUCCACUAGCGCAACACCUUGUAAUCCCCGCGGCGAGUCUCUGUUCGCUAUUUGUGCUGCGUGCAUUCUUUUGCAGAACGUAUGCUCCACAACUGUGGCAUGCUGCUCUUCUACAGUUUUGUGGCUUAUUCAUCGUUCGGAGUGAUCUUAUUGGCCCCUCGAGCGACUUGCCAUACCUUUCGUUGCUUGCGUCUGCGCUCAUCAUCUCGUUUUCGGACACCCUGGUCGACGUUAUAUACAAAUCACGCAAUUCAUCAUCUUUCGAUGUCAUCAAUCUGCUCAUCUUCGCAUUCGGUUGUCUUUCCAAUUUAUCGCUCUAUAUUUUCAGCGUGACGUUUCUUGGCACCAAAAGUCAUGUUUUGGGGUGGCGCGCGGACCCGAUUGCACUUGCUCUAUCAUGUUUAUCGGAUGCCGGUCGAGACGUAUCUGCCCUCUAUGUCAUUUACUAUUACAACGUCAUUUUGGGAAGCACUGUGACCGCACUCGCCUCAACGGUCGUUCUUUUUCUCCUGACUGCAGGUUUCCUCAAUCAACCGGGUGUAUUCAUCGGGUGCCUUCUCGCAUUAACAACAGCGGGCAUCUAUAUCUCCAGUAUAAGACGGACCGCGGAGGAAGAUGUCGGGUCCGAAUGCAUGACACGGCCCCGCUACCCGGUGGCAUUUACAGUGGUAUUAAUUGGAUUUCUGCUUUACGUGUCAUUUGCAAUAACGCAUGAGAGUGUGUGGAGGUCGCGCACCCUGAAAUUGCAAUGGGGAUUCCCCCCAGAGUCCAAUCCAAGCAUUUGUCACCGGCGACCUUUACCGCCUCAUUCGCAUAGGCAGACGCUGGAAAAUUACGGUCGCUUCGACAACGUAUUACUAGUAGUAUUCUUCAGCCACGCGCGUUACGGCGCUAAUCUAGAUUACCACCGAGAAGUGUAUUCUGAUUACUUUCCAAAUAUUCUCUACAUUGGACCUUCCUCUCGCGAGGAUGCAGGCUUUGAUCAUUCCUACGACGUACUCGUGGACUCGUACCAUUCUGACGAGGACCUAAGGGAUCCAUUAUUUUAUAAGAUGGCAGGACGUAUGGCUCAUCAUAUGUUGUUCACCGCUCUCCAGGAGCAUGACUGUUAUGAUGGCUACCUAUGGGUGCCGUUCGACACUCUGCUAAAUAUUCCACGGUUGGAGAAGUUCAAUCAGGAAUUCUUUUGGUACCACUCUCCGUGGGCUUUGCCAGUCUUUAACCCCGCACAGUCGAAUUCAACGCAUAGCCUUGACCUCAGCCUGCAUGCGCCCCCUGCCAACGUAUCACCGGAUCCAUCCGUCAAUCUCACGGAGACCUGGAGGGGAUGGGGACCAGACUGGUGGUGGGGUGAUCCGCAUGUGGGAGUCGAAGUCUGCAUGAAGGCAUUCCAGAAGGUGCCCCUGCACUUGAGAGAACGCCUUGCCGCAUUCACCAAUGGAGACACACGCCUUAUCGGAGGCUCUGUAGAUACGAUGUACAUCCCGGGGCGGCACCGUCAGCUCUUCAUGGAGGUAUUAGGCCUGUUCCUCGAAACGACCUGCUUCCUUGAGAUCGCAGCGCCUACAACGCUGCACCUAGUCGCGCCUCUUCACGAGCCGAUUCUCUUUGUGGAUCAUUGGUGGAUAUAUCAACCGCCGUUCAAUGCGUCUUUUGUGAGGCAGAAGUGGGAGGAAGGAUAUGAGGUGGAUUCGUUUCAUACUUUCCACUGGGGCGAGCGCGACGGAGAUGACGUGUGGAGGGCGAACUACGCGAACGUUGCGGACGUCCGUGUACUGCUGAGAGACUCGGCGGAGAGACAGCGGAUUCCCUUCCCUGUUAGGUGAGGCUUUGUCGAGUCGUCAGACUCAUACUAACAGUGACACAGAAACGAGACGCUGGCUGGAUGAAUUGGGGGCCCCCUGCUCAUUACACACUCCUUACACAACGCUAGCAAGGACCAGACUAGUUUUGCCAGCUUGGGAGGUCGAAAGCUCUUCUGAUACUCGUACAUUGUAAGCGCCAACCAUAGUGAUACAGAACAGAGCAAAUACAAUAUAAAU